GCACGUGUAUGUGUGAACGUGCAUUAACGCGUUCAUACAUGCAUGCAUUGCCUACAGUGUCGGUUUGGCCGGGCGUACGACAGUUAGUAGUUCCACGACGGCGUCCACGCGCGCGACCUAACAGAGAAUUGCGCUUACUUUCAUUUUCAUUUGCUGCAGUUAUGGAAGAGCCGUUGCUCAUUACUCGGACUAGACAAUUGACGCACGAGAGGGUGGCGCGUCAUUGACUCAUUGAUUGCAGGAUUUUCAUGUGGAAGCGCACACGUUGACUAGUCACUACUAACGCGAGUCAGUGAAAGAUAGUUUUGAUAUCCGAUUGUUGUAAUAUAUAUGUAUAUAUGUAUAUAUAUAUAUUUAUUGCGGAUUAGUAGUUGACAAAAUGAAGUUGGAAUUAGAGUACCUUUCUCAGGAGCAUUUGUCAGGCUUCGAAAAUUAUAAAUAUAGUUCGCUGGAUACCAGUCCACUUAGUGUGUAUAUUAUGCACCCAUUUUGGAAUAAAGUUGUACAACUUUGUCCAAGAUGGGUCGCACCAAAUUUACUGACAUUCGCAGGCUUCCUAUUCACAGUAUGGAAUUUUAUCAUGUUUUCGAUAUAUGAUUACUACUAUUAUGCCUCAAGUGAUGAUCAUCCUGAAUAUCAAAAUAUUCCAAGAUGGGUCUUUGCUGCUGGAGCAUUUAAUGUUUUCAUGGCUUAUACUCUUGAUGGAAUUGAUGGCAAACAGGCAAGAAGAACAGAGUCAUCUGGUCCAUUGGGAGAACUGUUUGAUCAUGGUUUAGAUAGUUGGACUACUGUCUAUAUUACCAGCUGUAUGUUUUCUGUUUUUGGUCGAACAGAACACAGUGUAUCAACUUUGAGGAUGUACUUUAUUUUGUGGAAUGUGUUUAUUAACUUUCAUCUAAGUCACUGGGAAAAAUACAACACAGGAGUACUAUUUUUGCCCUGGAGCUAUGAUGCUUCAAUGUUAGGAACUGUUAUUGUCUUUAUUAUAACAUACAUUGGAGGACAUGAGUUUUGGAAGUUUGAUCUGCCUUGGGGAAUUAAUGCAGGUAGCAUGUUUGAAAUGUUCCUGUACUUGAAUGCAAUUGUGUCUAGUUUGCCAGUUGUACUCUGGAAUAUUUAUAAGUCAUAUAGAGAUGAAACUGGGAAAAUGAGAUCAUUUUCAGAAGCUAUAAGACCAUUAGUACCAUUAGCAGUUUUAUUUACUAUUUGCACCGUAUGGGUAAUAUACUCUCCAACUCAAAUUAUAGAGGCAGACCCAAGAAUAGUUUUUUUUACCGUUGGAACUAUGUAUUCCAAUAUUUGUUGCCGACUAAUUGUAGCACAAAUGAGUAACACAAGAUGUGAAAUAUUUUCGUGGAUUCUUUUCCCUGCUGCUGGCACAGCAUUGUUAGUGUUCAUUUUUCCUAGUUUAGAUUUGAAGCUGAUGUAUUUAUUAGCUAUCGGUGCUCUACUAGCUCACAUACACUAUGGCACAUGUGUUGUGCGGCAGAUGUGUCGUCAUUUCCGAAUCAAUACGUUCAGAAUAAAAAAUCGUGCAGAUUGACUACUUGCCGACAAUACAUGCUGAAAACGAAAGUAAUAGGUGAUUAGUUGCUAUAAGGAGCAAAAACAAACUAAAAAAGAUAGAGAUCUGACAAAAUUUCAUCAAUACGGAACAGCAGAGAUCAUACUGCACAGUAAUAUUUUUGUAUGACCUUUAUUUUAAUUUGAUUACUUAAUGCUUUUUUCAAUUCAAAGACUAGAUUAACUUAAAGAAUUCCACAGUCAUUCACAAAAAUUCACUUGCAUUACGUUGCCACUAGUACCUGCGAAAUAUUGAUUCGAUAUGCCGCCAUAGUAAAUCUAAUCUCAUUCUACUGUGAUUAAAAUUGUGAUUGCUUAGGGAAUGAUCGCAGCAUUAAGAGUUAGCACUAUUUAAAAAAAAGAAAAUGCUUGAAUGAAAUUAUUAAGAAAAAAACACGUAUCCUUACCUUAAACAACUACGUAUAAUAGUUAGAAUGAUACAGCAAAUUCGUUACACCAUAGAUUGAAAAAUUCUAUACCUAUUCUACCUAUACAAUAGAUUUAGUUUGGUUGUCUCGUAUCUAGGAUAACUGCACCUUCUUCGUUUUUAUCAUGCAUUGUCCCUCGGACGUAUGUUAAAAAAAUAUACAUAUAAAUAUAUAUGUAUAUGUAUAUUUUAUGCAUAUAUAUACACACACAUAAAUCUUGAUUCCAAUUAAGACUUUAGCCGUGUGUUGGCUGUACUUGAUGUGCUAGUUGAAAGCUAGUUAUGUGUGAGUGUGUUUAAUUGAACUCAAACACCAUGUUCACUCUUGCCUAUUUGAUCAACAAUGUGCUUGUUGCUUGCAUAUACGUCGUAUAAUUAUUUUUUUCUUGAUCGGGCACUGCGUUGAUGAGACAAAGUGAAAUCUUAUUUUAAUGGGUGUAAUUAACCAAAUUUUAGACUUUUACGAAUAUAUUAAAAAAGUGCUUUAUUGUUAUACUAAAGUACAAUCAUGAAAAUGAGUGAAUCAAUUAUUGUGGGAAAAAAAAUAACAAUGAACUUUUGUAGAAGAAAAAAUUUUCAUAUUAUAUCAUUAUAAUUUCACUUUGAACAAAUACUACACUAGUGAAAAACGACAAAUUUUUGAGAUACUAUGUCUUUAGAAAAAUAACUUCAUAGUGCAACGUAUUACUGUAUUCCCCUAGUCACAUAAGAUCAUUGAAAUGUUUUGUUAAGCAUGCAUUGGCUGUUUGAACGUAAUUCAUAUAAUUAUUAUAUUAUAAUUUUUUUAAUAAAAAAUUACCAAAAGUUUACAGCAUUUCUAAAAAUCUUUGAUUCUGAUUGAAUCAAGAGAUAGUUUAUAAAUUACGUUUAUUUUUUCCGUAAAACGUCAAUGUUAUUUUUUUGUUUGUAUUCAAAAAUUCGUUUAGUCAUGAUUGAUGAAUUUUGAUAAGACGAUUUUCCAAAGUUUUUUUCAAUAAUCACAUUAACUUCCGAUAAUUAUUGUGUAUAAUAUAAGAAACGCAUUCUCAUAAAUAAAAAAUAUAGUUUGCUAUAAUUAUGAGCCGGAUAUACAUGAAUUUUGCUUGUAAUUUAUAAUUGUCAAGUAACGGCAUUAUUAUGUAAUUUUAUGCUCUCCAAAAAAAAAAAAGAAAAAAAAGUAAACCAACAGAGUAUGUACAAACUAUUUGACACACAUUGUGCCGUGUAUUGUGUGUGUAUAUAUAUAUAUAUAUAAUAUGAAAUAAUUGUAAAACUGGUUUUUUUACAUGUAGUAUAUUUUUAACUUAGUAAUUGUCUAUAUGUUCACACAGCCUUGUUAUGCUUGAUCUGCAUCGAUAAAAUUUGAAUGUCGAUGUUAAAUAAAUACUUGAGCUUGUACCAAUGUAUAUUUAAAAUAUCAAACUUAGCAGUUAAAAAAGAUCGUGGAGUUUUCCUUCUGAUUGUUUCAUCAGUGUUGCAAGUACGAUUUCACGUAAUUACAAAAAAAAAUAAUAAACAAAGAAAUUAAACGAUAUAAUUACCAUUGUAUGCGAGGUAUUUUAUAUAGACAUCGUAUUUUACUUCUCGAUUAUUUUUUCGUUUGGCAAUCAACACAAUACCGAAGUAGUUUGUUAUGAAACUACUACUUACAAAAUUACAAGCUAAAAAAGAAUACAUAAUCAAAAGUGUGUCUUAUAAAAAAUGUUUAUGUCACAAAAAUAUUGAAGUAUAUGCAUUUUACAAAAUUAAUAAUUGUAUUUUAUCCUUUUUAUAGCGCUUAUUAUUUUACACUAGAUUA